AUGCAAUUCCAGGUCGAAGAGGCUCCAAAAGGUGAACGCAACUUACCCACUGACUGGGGUUUGAAGACGAAGAUCCGUUUCCUAUCGAAAACGCCGUUUCCGUGGACGAGUCGUCUGAAGACGCUGGAGGAGGCGUCGGCGGUGACCAGCUGCGUACGCUGCCUGCCGGCCGACCAGAGCACGCUCGACACGUCUCCAAACGCGCAGCUGCAGCGGCACGCGCUCUACUGGCAGCACCCGUGGCUGCCGUGGCUGACGCUGUUUCCGCGCCUGCACAGCCGGGUGGCCGGCGCGCGCAGCCUCUUCAUCGACGCGCCCAUGCAGGACCUGCUCAGGACAGAAUGGGGCGAGAGUCUGCGCUCGCUGUUCCAGCUGCUGCGCAGCCGUCAGUGCCCGUUCUUCUACGUGUGCGCGGCCAGCUUCUGCUGCCUGUUCCGGGCGGCCGGCGUGGGCGGCGUGACUGACACGCACGCUAUCGUCACGCCCACCACCCGCGGCCUGCGCGACCUCCUCAAACGCGACGACGUGCAGUUCACGCUGCCGCUGCGGCCUGCCGCCGCGCCGGCCCAGUCCGCCGCCCAGGAGGACGGCUCCGAGGACGAGGACGAGGACCCCGAACACUGGCUGGAGAGCAAAGGCAUAGCGGCUGACGCCAUGCCAGGCAUGCACUCCACCCGCCGCAAGCUGGCGGCGACUGUACGCCUGCUCAACUUCCUGCUCAACUCGCGCGCCUGCGUCACGGCCAGCGGCCCGCUGGUGCGGCACGGCACGGUGCAGCAGGCCCGCGAGACGUUCCACUCGUUCGAGCUGAUCAUGGACGACUUCGGCUACCCGCUGGCCGACUUCCUGAUGCCGCUGGAGUUUGGAGAUCCGAGCGACUGGGAGCCCCAGGGCGACAUGAUGAUGGACCCGACCGACUGGGAAUGGCCGUCCGACCCCGCCUGGAUCACGUACCCCGACAUGAACUCGUUCCUGCCCGAGCACCUGACGUCGAUGGGCUUCAUAGAGUACAGCUAG